ACAAAACUUGAUAAUUUCCCUGCCGACAGAAUGUUAUAUUGGAAUCAGUUUCGAUCGUACUCUCGUCAGUAAGGGAGGCAUUCUAAAUAUAAUUACAAAUGCGGAUUUUUCGAAAUGUUGAUAUUUCGAAAUGCGAAUAUAUCUGUAUUACUUUAUAUAUGGGUCUUAGCUGUUUCUUUGAUAGUUCUGCCAAAAACAAAGGCAGAUAUCUACGAUUGCGACUUCUUUGACACUGUCGAUAUUUCGGCAGGUCAAAGGUUCCCGAAUGGUUCGUAUCUAUAUGACGGGCUACUCAUUCCCGCCGAGUUGACGGGGAUAUAUAACUUCAGGAUUCUUCCGGACGAAUCAAAGGAAAAGGUGGAGAGCCACAUAAGGGGAUGUGUUUGCAAAUUGAAAACCUGCGUCAGGUUUUGCUGCCCUCACAACCACAUAAUGAGGGGGGGUGUGUGCUCCAAAAACAUGACGGAGGAAGAACUUGAAGAACACGACCCUUACCUGAACGUGACCCUCAAGGACGGAUCGGAGGUCACAAGGCACUUUAAGGACGAACUAAUUGUCCAGUGGGAUCUACCGAUGCCCUGUGAGGAUAUGUUCUAUCUAGACAAUCGAGAUGAAAUGGAUCAGUACACAUUGUUCGAGAAUGGGACUUUCUUCCGCCACUAUGACAGCGUGACUCUAAACAAGCGAGAGUACUGCUUUCAGCAUUUUGAGUUCGAAUCAGAUGACAAUACCACAUACAUUCGAAUAGCGCCACACAACUGCGUUAUAGUGCCAUCCAGAACGGCACAGACCGUGGUGAUUAUCACAUCGCUGGUUUGUAUGGUUCUUACGAUGUGCGUUUAUCUUUACGUUAAAAAGUUACAGAACUUGCACGGCAAGUGCUUCCUGUGCUACAUGCUUUGUCUCUUCAUGGGCUACUUCUUCCUGCUACUAGACUUGUGGAAUUUGUCGUUCAGCUUCUGCCUUACAGCAGGUUACCUGGGUUACUUUUUCGUGAUGGCCGCCUUCUUCUGGCUUUCUGUCAUCAGUCUGCACCUGUGGAAUACAUUCAGUGGCACCUCACACAGUAUCAAUCGCUUUUUGCCCGAGCAUCGGUUUCUGGCCUACAACACCUACGCCUGGGGCAUGGCGCUGAUCUUGACCGGCAUCACCUUUCUGGCCGAUAAGAUGGUAGUUAACGAGGACUGGAACCCUCGCAUGGGCAACGAAGGACAUUGUUGGAUCUAUACUCUAGAUUGGUCUGCCAUGCUCUACUUCUAUGGACCGAUGGUAUUGCUGAUAGCCUUCAACAUUGCCAUGUUCAUCCUGACGGCUGUUCGUAUAAUAAGAGUGAAGAAGGACAUACAGAACUUUGCACACAAGCAGGAGAGAAAGCACAAGCUAAACUCGGACAAGCAAACUUACACCUUCUUUUUGCGGCUUUUCAUCAUCAUGGGUAUGUCGUGGAGCUUGGAGAUAAUCUCCUACUUGGUGCAAUCCAACGAAACUUGGGCCAACGUUUUUCUGGUAGCGGACUACUUCAACUGGUCUCAGGGAAUUAUCAUAUUUGUGCUGUUUAUUCUAAAGCGCAGCACGCUAAAGCUCUUGAGGGAUCGGCACAAUCCUAAGCCCACAUGGAGUGCUGCCAGUAGCAGAUCCAGAAGUAGAAAUACGACGGGAGGAUCAUUAAACCACUUCACGAGGACGGCGUCGGUCACAUAAAACUAGUCAUUGAUGUAAACACUGAAUUUUUAUAACGUUAACUUAACUACAUAGAGAUCAUCUCGUCAAUUUUAACACAUCCACUUUGCCAUAUCAUACUAACACAAAUGCAGAUCAAUGUGAUGCAAAAUCAUAUCAACUACAAAUUUUGAUAUGAAACCGUAACAAAUUGAAAAAAAUAUUUGAAAAAAUGGUAUGAUUUUCAUAUUAAAUGUGACUUUAAAAGGUCUUCGACAAAAUAGUAUAGUGUGGCUGUGAAUUUGAAAUUUUCGAGUAUUUUUGGUAUCUCUUUAUGUAAUAGUAUAGAAUGUAUCUAAGAACCAUUUUCUUGGUCUCGUGUUCAGUUAGAGGUACAUUUUAUCUCUAAACUUGCAUAUGUUAUCUAACUGAAAUGUCAAACCAAAGGCCGUUUUCUCGUCCGCGUGUUAAACUAAUAGUCGGUUUAUAACGUAAGAAACUAUAAAAAAAACUGAAAAAACUUUAAAACCUUCUUUUAGUUUAACACACGAUUGUUUUUAAAACAACGAGAAUAUUUUUUAUUAUUUUAAGUCGAUUUAAACAUAAGAUUACACAACUUGAACUUGACCAAAUUACUCAUCACCUGAUUUCGCAUAAAUAAAUAAAAAAUAUUAGAAUUA